AAUACAGCCAGCGAGAUAGAUUACUGUCAGCGCAUUUAGUGGCAGUACUUUGGUUUCGAAAGAAAACAACAGAUGUUGUGCAAGCAAACUUAAAGAGAAGAUCACUAGUUGAACAAAUUUGGUUGAUAUUCUCUAUUUGUUUUAAGUUAACUAAUUGUAGUUUAAGAGUGGCUUUAAACUUUUUGAACAAUCGCUAUAGAAGAUCUACGUGAAUCUACGCUGGGAAGACGUGGAGCAGUGAAGUCAGCAUACAUUAGGGCAUAGUACUUUGAUGACACCUGCCUGAGAGAGAUGUCCGUUCGCAAUCCCACUACGCUAAUGUCCAUCACCAAUGAAGAAAGUUUCGAUUUCCUGUUCAAAAUCGUUCUAAUUGGAGACUGUGGAACUGGCAAAACAUGCAUAGUGCAGCGCUUCAAAUCCGGAAAUUUCAUCGAAAGCCAUGGAAAUACGAUCGGAGUGGAUUUUUCGAUGAAAGCAGUCACAGUGGAUGGGAAAAAAGUUAAGCUACAAAUCUGGGACACCGCCGGACAGGAACGUUUUAGAACAAUCACACAGAGCUAUUACAGAUCUGCAAAUGGUGUCAUCAUAGUGUACGACAUUACAAAACGGUCCUCCUUUUUGAACCUGCAACGAUGGAUCGACGAGGUACGCCGAUAUACCGCUUCCAAUGUGAUGAUUUUCGUCAUCGGCAAUAAGUGUGAUCUUGACGCCAUACGAGAGGUCGAGUUUGCAGAAGCACAAACCAUGUGCCAAUACAUCCCGGAGAUUAUGUUUGUGAUGGAAACGUCAGCCAAGGAUAACAGGAAUAUUGAGGAUGCUUUUAUGACUCUUGCCACAGAGUUGAAGAGGAGACAUGAUAACAUAAGCGCGGACGAUACAACUGAUGGCAUAACGCUCGGCCAAAGCAUGUCGCUUUCUGUUAGUAAUUGUGGUUUAUGCAGUAAAACGUGAAUGAAGGUGGUAUAUAUAGUUGUUGAAUCUCUCCGUGCUUGGGAUGUAGUUUAGUAUCAGACGUAACUGUAUAUAGUAUAAUUAUAUUUUUUAAAUAAUUCAAAAGAUGUAAGUUAGUAUACAAUAGUUAUGAGAGACGUGUUAGAUUUUAUAAAUGGAAUAACAAAAACGUAUGACUCGCACUAUCGUUAUGGCAGAAAAGAAUUGAGCAGUGUGUAAAACUUUGGUAACUAAUCCAAAUAUUAAAAUUUUGCUGCUUAACUCAAGUUGUUUAACGAACAAAAGUUUUUCAAAUGAAUGAUGAAACAAUUAGGAAUUGAAAUUUGAAUUGAAUUGCUUUUUAUUGAAAGGAUUUUCUGCCGUAGGCAGGUUCAUCCCCAAAGAAAGAAUUAGGCAGCGUCCAUUUAUUACGUAACGCUAAACUAGGAAAUUUGUGACCCUCCCCCCUCCGUAAUGCUUUUUUUUUAUGAAAAAUUUCAAAUUUUUGUAUGACCCGUAACGCUUGAGCCUACUUCUCUCUCCACCUAGAGCGUUACGUAAUUUGUGGAUGGCGCCUUAGGAAGAAAUCCUGUGUCCUACUUUGAAUUAUUCUAAAAUUUUGUUUCUGCACAACAAAUGGAACGCUUAAACAUGUAAUGUUGUGCAUCACUUAAAAAAAUACGAAUUUAUACAUAAAAUUGUUGUUACAGAAAUCAGAAACACUUAUGUUGAGAUCGCAUUCAAAGUGGAAUGUAUGAAAAAAUGUAGGUGUGUGAUGCUAUUCUGCAGUAGGGUCAGGCGGGGCAAGAUGAGCACCCUAAGGAUAAGCGUGAUUUAAGCCUACUUAAACGUUCUUAUUUUGGUAAAAUUGGUAACCAUCCUUAUCUUACACAUUAUUACUUUGACCUCCAACCAUUAAAAGUUUUAAAAAGUGAUAAAUAGUUUUCCAAAUAACACGUUAAAAAUAGCUUUUUUAUCAUCGGUCAAAAAAACUGCGGGGCAAGAUGGGCACCCUUAUAAAAAGAUGCAAUUUACUAAAAAAAACUAUUAUUUUUCAAUGCUUGCAAUAUCCCAAAAUAUUAUCUUUAAUAUCUGAUAAUAUUUAUCUUCAACUAGCUUAGUUUUUUAAAACUUUUAUCAGAAAACAAAUAACUUUUAUUAAAUUGCUAAGAUUUUACUUAAAAAAAACGAUUAAAUCUGUUGUUUGUUUAUAUAUAUUUUUAGAAAAAUUGUUUUGUGCAAAGAAGAUACUGUAAGUCAAGCCCACAGCUAAAUGUGGUUCUAUAAUUUCACACUUUUACUUAAUUUUGAACAUGAUGCUCAUCUUGCCCCAUGGGUUUAAAUUUAUUAAUAUAAUCAAAACAAUUGAAAUAUUUUUUAAAUUUGAUAAAAGUUUUACUCCUGAUCAUCUACAGAAGAUUAUUCUAUAACUAUACGGCCAAAAACGUAUGACUUAAUUUGUUUACGCAAUAAAAAUAUCACUUUUAAAUGAACAAAUCUUAUAUGAAAAGGUAAAUUUUUGGACUUCUAUGUAUUUUUGACAAUAUUUAUGUUGUGCUGUUGAUUUUUAGCUGAAAUUUAUGGCCAUCAUAUCAAUUUAAUGAUAUUCAUCAGAACCCCAAAUAAUUUAUUGAAAAAAAUCGGUAGGAACGACACAAACUAGGGGUGCCCAUCUUGCCCCGGGUGCUCAUCUUGCCCCACAUUCCCCUACUUUGCUCGGCUGCAUUAUAUUGAAAAUGUCUGUUUUUUGGCGUUUCUUAUUUAAAAGUAUGUGUCAAUUUCGUUUUCGGAGAUAUUCUGAUGCUCUUUGAGUUGUAGCUUAUUUGUUUGAGGAACUAAAGUAUGGGUAAUACAGUGUCAGGCAAAUAAAAAAAAUAUGAUUUUUAACAUUCAUCAUGAAGGUAAAGUAGCCCGUCAUUCGUUUUGGCAUCAAUGAUGACUUUGCUGCGUGCACUUUCAAAGUGAUAAAUCUAAUUCUUUAUAGUUUAUAUUGACUUGAAAAAGUAUCACUUUACGCGCCAACAUACAUAAAGUUGUAUGCUGAUACUUUUUCAGAUGUGUCAGUGCAAAACCAACAAAUUUUCUUUGAUUCGAAAUCGUGAGAUGAAUUAGUAACAAACAUCAACGGUGUGUACAAAUUUCAAUGACCCCUACUUCUCCUUAAAAAUCUUUGCAAUAAUAUGCUUAAUUUUUCAUAACAAACUCUCAUUAAUGUGUUGUUACAAAAAGAUAGUAAGCAUACAUAAGAAAAAAUCGGAAACCUAAGAUAUUUCAGGCUCAGGCAUUUUCAUGUUUGGUGAUUUGCUUUUCAAAUUAUCUUUUACUGAGAGUCUGUAGCAAAAAAACGAAUCAAUUUGAUAUAACCUCAUUAAUUUAAUCAGAAUUUAUUUUUUCGAUGUUAUUCUGGCCGUGCAUAGUAUCUGACAUUGAAUAGCUCAUAUUCUAUUUUUGAAAAAUUGAUUAUUCAUAAAAUGAUAGCCAAAGAAUUUUUAAUGGGGAGUUUAAAUCCCCCGAGGAACAUUUGGAAUAUUUAACAAUCAAAAUCGACACAGAUUCUAAAAAUGGAAGAGUUAUUGAGCCUCUCCUUAGACUUGACGAGUUCCACUCAAACUUGCACAUUAGCCUCUUAUGAUGAAAUGUUGGGAGUGCAACUGAAGAUUUUCGUAUCCAAAAUUAUGUGCCACAUUAAUACUACAUCUUGCCUGUUGGUUUGUGCGGGCAAGUUGGUACAUUUUGAGCGUUUGACUACAUCAUAACAAGAAUUAAUGUUCGGCCCAAGUUAAAUUAUUAAAGUUCCUGUAAUCAGUGGGACACAAUCUAGAAAUGUCCCACUCGUGUUCUUAUUCCGGUUCUCAUCCACUAAAUGCAUCAUCUAAAUGCAAUGUACUUUUUUCCGGCUUCCAUUGAAAAAUAGUGCAGCGUUUGUAUUUCCUUGCUGCUUACAUAUUUUAUAAUAUUUUAUGCCAUAUUACUAAAGCUUGGAAAAUUUGAAAAGUGCUGAAUAUAUUCUCUGGAACAGCUGCGAACCAUUUGAAAUUGAUGACUGAAAUAAGUUUCUCAGAAAUAUUUGUAAUUUUCAUGUACUCACAGCCAAUGAGGGUAAACAUCAAAAUUAAAAUAAUAAAUUUAGAAACAGAAACCAUCCUUGUUGAAUGACAGUGAUUAUGUAUAUCGAUUAUUUUUAACGAGAGACAGUGAUUAUAUUGAUAUUAUUUUUAUUGAAUUGGACGCAAUCAUUUUCUAAUUUAUUUUGCUUCAAAUGUAAAUAAAACCAAUUAAAAUAAACAUCUCAGUUUUUUUUUCCAUC